AUGGAUUCAAUAAGAAGGUCAACGAGAAUACGUAAGUGUGUCGAUUAUAAUAAUAAAUGCGCUUUACCAACUGACGACGUCGAAGUUUUAGAAUCUCCGAGUGGUAGCAAACAGAAAAGAAAAACUCAAGAUGAUGAAAACUCCCUUCAAGGGUCGCCUUCGCGUGCAUCCAUUCAAAAAAUGCCUCAUAUUGUUGAAAACGAAGCUUCACCUGAACUCGUUCAAACAAGGAAAAAAAAAAAAUUGAGCUUGGGUAAAAAAGAAUCAAAUAAAGAUAAUAAAGAAAAAGAACUUGAGGAGAAAUCCGAAGAAACUCCAACAUUUGAAGGCGUUCAAGAAAUGAAUAUGGUAGUUAUCACGGAUCCAACACCAACCAAUGUCACUAUCAAAAAUGGUGCUGAAGAUGACGAUUUAUUUGAUGGUGGCGAAUUAAGCGAUCCGUCUGCAAAAUCAGAAGAUGAUUCAGAUGAUGACCAAUUCGUUUUCGAUGUUAGUGAUGACGCAAGUGAUUACGAAGAAAGCAGUAAAAGUAAAUCAAAAAAGAAGAGUCCAAAUACGGGAAGAAAAACGAAAUCAACGUCAACGAAAGAAAACGGUGGAAUCAAAAAAAGCAGGGGAAAGAAACAAACUGAAUCCACUGCUUCAGCAAUAAAUACUUCUGAGCCUUCAAAUAAGAAGACUGCAUCUUCACUUCUAUCAAAAAAAACGAUUGGAGGAUUAAAGAAAAAAGCGAUAGGAGAAUCGAUUCCUUCAACACCAAAGUUUGCUUCUGGUAAAUAUACAAAAAAAAGUGUUAAAAGUUAA